GCCAUGGUUGUGCAGAACAGUGCGGACGCUGGUGAUGCCAGGGUGGGCGUGCAGCUGGAGCCCUUCCUGCACCAGGUCGGGGGACACCUGAGCGUCAUGAAGUACGACGAGCACACCGUGUGCAAGCCCCUCAUCUCCCGCGAGCAGAGGUUCUACGAAUCCCUGCCGCUGGCCAUGAAGCAGUUCACACCGCAGUACAAAGGCACCAUCACAGUGCACCUUUGGAAAGACAGCACUGGCCACCUCAGCCUGGUUGCCAACCCACUAAAGGAGAACCAGGAGCCCUUCAAGGUUUCCACAGAGUCGGCGGCAGUGACCAUCUGGCAGACGCUCCAGCAGACCACAAGCGGCACCAGUGGCGCCCAUGCCCUCGCCAGCUGGCCACAUGCCCAAGUGGCACGUUUGCCCAAGGAGAGCCCGGCCAAGACGCUCCUGAGGUCUGAGUCCCACCUCAAAGUUCAAGUCUCCUCGCUGGUGGAAGAUGCUAAUGGAAACCAGAUUGAGAGGAAGAGCUUCAACCCGUGGGGCCUGCACUGCCACCAGGCCCACCUGACCCGCCUGUGCUCCGAGUACCCGGAGAAUAAGCGGCACCGGUUCUUGCUGCUGGAAAACGUAGUGUCGCAGUACACGUAUCCCUGCAUCCUGGACCUGAAGAUGGGGACCCGGCAGCACGGCGAUGACGUAUCCGAGGAGAAGAAGGCCCGCCACAUAAGGAAGUGUGCACAGAGCACCUCAGCCUGCCUGGGCGUGCGCAUCUGUGGCAUGCAGGUUUAUCAAAUGGAUAAGAAGCAUUUUCUCUGCAAAGACAAGUACUAUGGAAGGAAACUCUCAGUGGAGGGGUUCAGACAAGCCCUCUACCAGUUCCUGCAUGACGGAACCCACCUCCGCACGGAGCUCCUGGAGCCCAUCUUGAGCCAGCUCCGGGCCCUCCUCUCAGUCAUCAGGAGCCAGAGUUCAUACCGGUUCUACUCCAGUUCUCUCCUCAUCAUCUAUGAUGGGCAGCAGCCACUGGCAAGAAGCCCAGCUAGCCUGCACCCACCGGAGGCUCCACAGACGGCCCACAGCAGCUCUCCUGGGGGUCUCACCAAAGUCGACAUCCGCAUGAUCGACUUUGCUCACACCACGUACAAGGGCUCCUGGAACGAGCACACCACCUAUGACGGACCAGACCCUGGCUAUAUUUUUGGCCUGGAAAACCUCAUCAGGAUCCUGGAGGAUAUCCCUGGGGGAGAAUGA